UCUGUGUACAGUAAGGUAAAGCGUGGAUUUGAAUGUGACUCUCAGAAAAAUCUGUCACAGCUUUGCAUUGACACGAAUGCAAAUGUAAGCGCGGCACGUAAACUUCUCUGUGCCUCACCUACAGGAGCAGCCAAUCAGCAACAUGAACUCUCAGUAAAAGAAAAAGGUCCAUUCAAGACGAUGUCCACAUCCACAGCAACCAGUGCCGGAGGAACCAAAACCGCCAAAGCGUCAAAGGAUCAUAAAAAGCCCACAUCCACCGUCCUGAAAGGAGCGAUCCAGCUGGGCAUCAGCUACACUGUGGGAAACCUCAGCUCCAAACCGGACAGAGAUGUCCUGAUGCAGGACUUCUCUGUGGUGGAGAGCGUCUUCCUUCCCAGUGAAGGCAGCAACCUGACUCCAGCACAUCACUUCCCAGACUUCCGGCUGAAGACGUACGCCCCGCUGGCCUUCCGCUACUUCAGAGAGCUGUUUGGCAUCAAACCUGAUGACUACCUGUACUCCAUCUGUAACGAGCCACUGAUCGAGCUGUCGAACCCCGGUGCCAGCAGUUCCUGGUUCUACCUCACCAGUGACGAUGAGUUCAUCAUUAAGACAGUGCAGCAUAAGGAGGCGGAGUUUCUGCAGAAGCUGUUGCCUGGUUACUACAUGAAUCUGAAUCAGAAUCCGCGGACACUGCUGCCUAAGUUCUACGGUCUGUACUGCAUCCAGAGCGGCGGCGCCACCGUCCGUGUGGUGGUGAUGAACAAUGUGCUGCCGCGCGCCAUGAGGAUGCACUACAAGUACGACCUGAAGGGCUCCUCGUACAAGCGCCGCGCCUCGCGCAAGGAGCGCCUCAAGUUCUCGCCCACGUUCAAAGACCUAGACUUCCAGGAGAUGCAUGAGGGCCUGUUCUUCGACGCCGACACGUACAACGCCCUGAUGAAGACUCUGCAGAGGGACUGUCGGGUGUUGGAGAGCUUUAAGAUCAUGGACUACAGUCUCCUGCUGGGGAUUCACGUUCUGGACCAGAAGCCUCUGAGCAGAGGAAGUCGCUGUGACAGCAGGAGAGGACAGAAAGUCCUCUACUCCACCGCACUCGAGUCCAUCCAGGGCAACGUGAGGGAUCCUGAACCUGUGGCUGAUGAUGACGACACAUUGGGUGGAAUUCCUGCCAAACACAAGGAUGAAAACCUGCUGAUCUUUUUAGGAAUCAUUGACAUCCUUCAGUCCUACAGGUUCAUUAAGAAGGUGGAACACUCGUGGAAAGCGCUUGUGCACGACGGGGUGAGUAACACACCUGCUGUGUGUGUGUGUGAGUGUGUGUGUACCUUUAUGACUGACUCUUUAUCGUGUGUUUGUCAGGACACCGUUUCCGUUCACAGGCCCAGUUUUUACGCAGAUCGGUUUCUGAAGUUCAUGAGCUCCACCGUGUUCAAGAAGAUUCACCCUUUAAGAGGAGCGUCUUCAAAAAGGAAGAGGAACUCUCUGUACGCAGCCAAGUCGGCGUCUCAGGAGAUUCUGUCGCCGCACAGGGAGGAGGAGAAGAAGAAGGACGAGAAGGUUAAAGCUCAAAGUUUGGACAACCUGGAUGGAGACUUUUACAGUUCCUCAAAACAACCAGAUCUCCUGCCCAAAUCUGCUGUUUCUUUUGCGUCUAACACAAAUGAGGAAGAGGAACAAGACAACAGUGAGGAGCGACGUGACUCCAGUUCAACCAUCGCUCUGGAUGAUCCUCUGCCGUCCCUCAGCAGAAACCAGUCAGACACUGAACUGGACGUCUACUUGUGAGGAGACACGAGUGCACGGCUGACCAUUGACAUCCCAGCUCCACAUGAGGACGUCACGCGUCUCCAUGGUGACAACAAAACUUGUAAAACACUAAUAAUCUGCCCUUUUUUGUAAACUUUGCUGCUAAUUGAACAACAAAACAACAAAAGUUGAGCCUCAGCAGCUGGAUCUCUGAGCACUUACACUCAGUUAUUAUAAUAUAUAUUAAAAAGAAACGUAUUUUCCACAUAUUUAUAUAGACAUUUGUUCUUAAAUCUUAUCAUCUAUGUUAUCUCUGAAGUACAAAACUAAAAUAAUCAUGAUUUCAAGUGUGCACACCAAUAUUUAAAGGCACAUAAAUCAGUUUAAUCUCUGCUGUUUGUGUAUUUUUAAUUGAAAUGUUUUCAUGUCUAGAUGUCCUAUAAUAGGAUUUAAACUGCUGUAAUCUUUUAUAUUUUUUAAAAUGAUCUUGCUUCUUUUUAGCUUCUCCUUGACGUUUGUGUUAUUUCUGUGUAGAAAAUGAGUGAAAAUACCUACGACUGUAUUAUAGCAACACUUUUUGACUUUUAUCCAUGAAAUAAAUUAAUAUU